CGACUCACCUCUAUGAAGAGCUCCCUCAAAUUCCAAAAUUUUCUGCUUUGCCUGGGGCAGUUCUCGCAGCUAACGAGGUUAGAUUGGGCCAAUUCCUCAGCUAAACAAGCUGGCCUUGCGUUGCUGGGCUGCUGCGCGAGUCAAUCCCUUCUCCACAUUAUGCACCCAAGGAAGCUUCCUGGAAGGAGGGACUUGAAUGAUGCCCAAGCAAGUCCAGAAUUCUCUACCAAAAUAUUCAGCACCACUAACACCAGAUUUUUAGGAGAGAGUCAAUCCCGCAGCUAAGCCGUCUUCUGCCACCUUCUUUGACCCAGCUGUCCCCCUAAUGCUCGGAACCUGCUGGAGCUCUCCAGUCCCUGCCGCAAGUUUCCACCAGGUGCCAGCACUCUCUCUCCCAUUCUAGAGUGCUCGCCCCCCACGCUCCUCGCCUAUCAGGCCUAGCGGGUGCUAGGAAACUCCAGCGCCUUCUUGAGAGUUCCGUCACCCUUGUUAGUCUCUAAUCUGUUGGACUAACUUGGUAGAGGCUGACUUAGUCCCACCCCAAGACUAAAUUAGUGUUGAAGUCGUUAAGACCGUGACAGACUCCAUGGAUUCGAGCGUCUCAAGAACAAAACUGGAAUACUAUGAUGAUAUGUGGAAACUUCAAUCCAAAACAACUCUCAUUUCCUUCUCUAAAGGAGACGAUGGUAGGCUUGCUUUGAUAUUGGACUCCACGAUCUUUCACCCUCAAGGUGGAGGCCAGCCGGCGGACACUGGAUUCAUCACCGCUGCUACUGAUGAUUCCAACUUUAAAUUCAUCGUUCAAGAUGUUAGAUCCAAGGACGGAAUUGUUUAUCAUUACGGAGUCAUGGAGGAGGAGGAUUCUGUUAGGGAUUUCCUUGAGAAGGGGAGGGAAGUUCUGUUGCAUGUUGAUGAGUGUAGGAGAAAGCUGAAUUCCAGGUUGCAUUCAGCUGGGCAUUUGCUGGAUGGAUGCUUGCUGAAUAUGGGAUUGGGUCAUCUAGAACCAGCAAAAGCCUACCAUUUUCCAGAUGGGCCUUUCGUUGAAUAUAAAGGUACAGUUCCUCAAAAUGAAUUGCAAAACAAGCAAAAAGAGUUAGAGGUAGAAGCCAAUGAGUUAAUAUCUACAGGAGGCAUAGUUUCUGCUGCUGUAUUGCCAUAUGAAGAAGCUUCUGCUUUGUGUGGUGGUUACCUUCCUGAUUAUAUUCCCAAGGGCAGCACUCCUCGCAUUGUGAAGUUAGGAAACUUUCCUGGCUGUCCUUGUGGUGGUACCCAUGUUUCUGACAUUUCAGAGAUCAUAAGUAUGAAGGUUUCUCAAAUGCGGUCAAAGAAGGGAAUGACAAAAGUCUUUUACACUGUUGGAUCAUGUGAAGAUAUGGCACUUCCAACGAAUUAAUGCUGAGUUUGAUAGGCCAUAAUAUAAUGUAAUAUGAUCAAAUUUUCUAUUGAAUCUCAACAAAAAAAUUUGAUUGUAUUAGAUUAUAUUACAAUUUACUAAACAUAGCCUAAAAUUAUGAAAUUCAGCUUUCUGUGUUCUUUUAUAAUUUAGCUGAUUAAGCUGUUACUUAAUACGGAGUGAAAUCAUUAUAAAGUUCUUUCUUUGAUACUAAA